GACUUUCCAAGUGGGAUGGGCUCGUUCUGCGUGGAGGGCUGUCCCCCUGACAGCGGCUGAGGCAGCCUAGCCCGUGGCUGCCCCUCGGUGGGCUGGGGGUGUCCCUGUUCACAUGGGUUCAUCUUCACAGGGACCUGUCCAUGAUCCUGUGCGACCCCUUCGCCAUCAACACCCUGUCACUGAGCACUGUGAGGCACCUGCAGGAGCUGGUCGGCCAGGAGACGCUGCCCAGGGACAGUCCUGACCUCCUCCUGCUGCUCAGGCUGCUGGCGCUGGGCCAGGGAGCGUGGGACAUGAUCGACAGCCAGGUCUUCAAGGAGCCCAAGAUGGAGGUGGAGCUCGUCACCAGGUUCCUGCCCAUGCUCAUGUCCUUCGUGGUGGACGACCACACCUUCAGCGUGGAUCAGAAGCUCCCGGCAGAGGAGAAAGCCCCGGCCACGUACCCGAACACCCUUCCAGAGAGCUUCACCAAGUUCCUGCAGGAGCAGCGCAUGGCCUGUGAGGUGGGGCUCUACUAUGUGCUGCAUGUCACCAAGCAGAGGAACAAGAACGCGCUGCUCCGCCUGCUGCCGGGGCUUGUGGAGACCUUCGGUGACCUGGCGUUCGGUGACAUCUUCCUCCACCUGCUCACGGGGAACCUGGCACUGCUGGCAGACGAGUUCGCCCUGGAGGACUUCUGCAGCAGCCUCUUCGAUGGCUUCCUCCUCACGGCCUCUGCCAGGAAGGAGAGUGUACAGCGGCACGCGCUGCGGCUCCUCGUCCACCUGCACCACCGGGUGGCGCCGUCCAAACUGGAGGUCCUGCAGAGGGCACUGGAGCCGUCGGGUCAGAGCGGAGACGCAGUAAAGGAGCUCUACUCCCAGCUUGGUGAGAAGCUGGAGCAGCUGGACCACCGCAAGCCCAGCCCAGCCCAGGCCACUGAGAGUCCGGCCCUGGAGCUGCCCCUGCCCACUGUGCCCGCCCCCACUGGGCUCUGAGGCUUUCCUUGGGCUGCUCAGGACUGGGCAGUGCCCCGGUAGGGACCUGUGAGCACUGGGGCCCCAUGUCUCCUGAAGCGAGUUGGCUGCUCCUGGGGCUCAGGUGGGCUGGGUGAGACCCCCUCUGCCCUGCAGGCCGUCCUGUGGGUGGUGCCCCUCCACCGCCACAGCCCCGCCCUGAACGGGGUCCUGGAAGGGGUGUGCCAUCUGUGAAAACGGGACCUGCGUUCCUUCUCAUGCUUCCCAGCUAUGGAACGCCUGCUCAUGCCUUCCUCACAGGGUGGGUACCCACUACAGAGGAGGAACAGGAGGGCAAUAGUUGGGAUUAGGACUGAGCCGCCUGUUUUCCAAGGGGAGAGGGCAGAGGGGCCAUAGUGUGAGGGCACAGGCUGGGCCGGCCCUGCUGGCAGAUUGGUUUGUGGGCCGGGACGCCUGCAAAUGAACCCAGCUCUGUCCACGUUGCUUCUGAGGUCUGACCGUGGACACUGGCUGACCCUGGACCCCAGAAGCAGGGAGCUGCUCCUACCCUGGCUGGCAGCACCCCAUGGAGCAGGUACAGCCAAGGAAGCCUAAGCCU